ACCGGGCCCGGGACACCCUGACAGAUGAGACGGUGGCGUUGAAGAAGGUGCGGAUGGACAACGAGAAAGAUGGUAAUGGAGUCAGCAGCCUGCGGGAGAUCACCCUGCUCCUACAGCUCCGGCACCCCAACAUCGUGGAGCUGAAGGAGGUGGUCGUAGGGAACCAUCUGGAGAGUAUCUUCCUGGUGAUGGGCUACUGUGAGCAGGACCUAGCCAGCCUUCUCGAGAACAUGCAGACACCUUUUUCAGAGGCUCAGGUGAAGUGCAUCAUCCUGCAAGUCCUCAAGGGCCUGCAGUACCUGCACGAGAACUACAUCAUCCACAG